UUUGAUAUGUAUAUAUAAAUGGAUGAAUAUCAUUGAAAUGAUGGGGUUAAUAGCAAAAUAAAAUAUUGACAUUUGAGAGGGGUAUAAUGGAAACUUGAUAUAUUUAUUUUUUUAAUAGCAGCCAUGGGAAGCCGGGGGCGGCGGGCAAAGGCAGUCAAAGCACUCAUUGACCACACCGAAUGUUCACUCUCUCUCUCUCUAUCUAUCUCUGUUGUUUGCCGCUCCACCCGCAACUUCCUUUUGGUUCCCUCUUUCUCUCUCUAAAUCUCUUGGUCUAUAUAUAUUCCCACUUCUCCCCCAAUCUUUCUCACCGCUUUCCUCUCAUCAUCAACAACAACAAUAAGAAGGGAAGAAGAGGAAGCCAUAUGAUCCCUUUAUCUUCUGCAAAUGAGGAUCUCCAAAAUGUACUGGCCUCAAAGAGGCGUAUAAUUGCCCUGAACAAGAAGGAUCUGGCAAAUCCUAAUAUUAUGCAUAAAUGGGCUCGACAUUUUGACCUUCUCAAGCAAGAUUGCCUUUCAAUUAAUGCUCAUAGCAGAAGUUCUGUCAGUCAGCUUCUUGCUCUUGUGGAAUUAAAAUUGAAGGAAGCAAUCUCUAGAGAACCUACUCUUCUUGUUCUAGUGGUUGGUGUUCCCAAUGUUGGCAAAUCAGCUCUGAUCAAUUCUAUCAAUCGAAUUGCAGCUUCUCGCUUUCCUGCUCAGGAAAAGACCAAACGGGCUGUUGUGGGACCAUUGCCUGGUGUUACCCAGGAUAUUGCAGGAUAUAAGAUAGCUAACCAGCCUAGCAUUUAUGUCCUUGAUACACCGGGCGUGCUGGUUCCAAGCAUUCCAGAUAUAGAAACAGGUCUAAAGCUUGCUCUGACAGGGGCUGUCAAAGAUUCUGUGGUGGGUGAGGAACGACUUGCUCAAUAUUUAUUGGCUGUUCUGAACAUUAGAAAAGUUCCUCUACAUUGGGAUCGCUUGUACAACCAGAAAAUAAAGGAAUCUUUGGAUGGAUCCUCUGACAGUAAAGAGAAUAUUUUUGGUGAUGGCUUAUCAAGAAAGAGAAACAGAAUAAAUUGUUCCGAUGUCUCUUAUAUUGAGGAUCUUGCAGAAGAAGUUCAGCGAACAUUGUAUGCUACAUUCAUAGAAUCUGCCGUUGAUGUGGAGGACGAGAGUGAACUAGAAAGUCUUAUCGACAGACAACUCACUGCCCUUCAAACGUCGUUCAGGAUACCGCCGAAAGCAUCAGAUGAAGCUCGCACUAUGGUUUCAAAGAAGUUGUUGACAUUAUUCAGGAUGGGCAAAUUGGGACCAUUUGUUCUUGACGAUCUUCCCGAUUCUUGCAAACCUAUUACCUAAAGAAAUUUCCUAACAUAAGGGAUUAUAACGUAAGCGGUAUAAGCGGUAUGAUCAGAGAUGAGCAGACAUGAGCAUGAUGGGAAGACCUUGUUUUUGAAAAUAUCGGCUUAUAAAAAGGGUUUGGAAUGAAGAAGUCAUUGUUUUUUUUCUCGAGCGUGCAACUUUUGGUGAACUAGUUUUAGUGAUGCACCGAAGAAAUUGGGUUUGAUAUAGAUGUUUUAAUUGGUUUGCUCGUCGAAGAUAAGAGAAUGGUUGAAGUUUGCAAUGCUGUUCAGGUAGGAUACAAACUCUUAACAAUCAAUGCAGAUGGGAAAUCCUUCCGAUUGCCGGUGCAUAACAAGAAGAUGAUGUGAAGCUUGUGUUUGAUGCUCAUAAGCUGAAAAAUAGUGUUCUUAUAUUGUUGAAAGGUCUGUUUAAUGUUUAAUUUGGAUGUUCAGUUUUGGAAUGUAAGUGCUUUAGUCUUUUAAAAUAAAUAGACAAUUUUAACUGAAAA